UUCCCAUGACUGAUCUGCCCACAGCACAUUAUUAUGUAGUAUUUGUUCUGCCUUGUUUGCUGAGAUCUUCUCGGGUUUCCCAGCUUUUGCUCCACCCCACGGGGAUCAGGAGAGAGAAAGCGAUUAGUUGGCACUAAAACUAUUUCAGUGUGUGUGAACUCUGCGAGUAAAGUCCUGUGUGCGCUCCCAUACUGCAGGGAGAAUGAUCCUAUCAUGGCUGUAGCAGUGACAGCAGCCCCUAGCAGCCGGGGGCACAGGAGUGGUUUGCUGGAAGUUCUGGUCAGGGACAGAUGGCACAAAGUUCUGGCCAACUUGUGUGAGGACAGCCUGGUCCUGAGCAGCGAGGACAGGGGGGCAGAGAACAUCAACUACAAUGGGAUAACCAAUGGCUCCUACAGAACCCCUCAAGACUCAGUGUCCAGCAGCCCCAAGGGAGUGAGGACAGCCCUGACCGACCUUCCAGAGCAGGUGCCAGAUGCUAUAGCAAACAAGAAACGUGGGGUGAAAGUGGUGAAGCAGGAGCUAGGGGGGCUGGGCAUCAGCAUCAAGGGGGGCAAGGAGAACAAGAUGCCCAUCCUCAUCAGUAAGAUCUUUAAGGGGCUGGCAGCAGACCAGACGCAGGCACUCUAUGUGGGGGAUGCUAUACUCUCUGUCAAUGGGGUGGAUCUGAGGGAUGCCACGCAUGAUGAGGCUGUGCAGGCACUGAAGAAGGCUGGCAGGGAGGUGAUUCUGGAAGUCAAGUACAUGAGAGAAGCAACUCCGUAUGUGAAAAAAGGCUCUCCAGUAUCAGAAAUUGGAUGGGAAACUCCUCCACCUGAAUCUCCACGAUUAGGAAACCCUUCAAAAUGUCCACCCUCACCUGUAUCACUGUCUAUCCAGGGAGACAGAAGGAAAAUCCCACUCAAGAUGUGCUUUGUCACCCGGAGCAUGACGGUGUCUGAUCCAGAAAAUAGACAUGUUGAGCUGCAUUCACCCGAUGCCAAGCAUACAGUGGUCCUUAGAGGUAAAGAUCCAGCGACAGCACAGACCUGGUUCAAUGCAAUACACUCAUCUGCUGCUGAUCUGGUCACUAGAGUAAUAGCAGAAGUCAAGGAACAGCUGGGGAAAACAGGAAUUGCUGGAGGCCAAGAAAUUCAUCAUUUGGGCUGGCUCGCCGAAAAGGUGGUCGGAGAGAAUGACAAGCUUUGGAAGCCAGCACUUAUAGUUCUAACAGAGAAGGACUUACUGAUGUUUGACAGCAUGCCACGAAUUAAGGAUGCAUGGUUCAGCCCUGCACAUACAUACCCCCUCAUAACCACCAGGUUAGUCCAUUCUGGUCCAGGGAGGUCUUCUCUGCCCGGCACAGAGUUUUCAUUUGCAACACGCACAGGAUCCAGGCAGGGGAUAGAGACCCAUCUGUUCAGAGCCGAGACAAACAGAGACUUAUCACUGUGGACAAGACUUAUUGUUCAGGGCUGUAACAACUCAGCCGAGCUGGUUAAAGAGAUUAUUACCCCUUGUACAUACAAAAGUCAAGAGUGUCAAUUGGUCAUAAAUUAUGAACAUGGAUUCUCUAUAGGCACAGAGGCUCCGGAUGGUUCAUUCUCUACUUUGGCACAAUAUCCUUAUGAAAAACUUAAAAUGUCUUCAGAUGAUGGAGUUAAAAUGCUAUUAGAUUUUGGUGGCAAAGAAGGAGAAAUUCAACUGGAUCUUCAUUCUUGCCCAAAGCCUAUAGUUUUCAUCAUCCAUUCGUUCCUCUCGGCUAAGAUUACAAGACUUGGCUUGGUGGCAUAAAAAUGAGACUCUUGAAGAAGGCAUCAGUGAACAGGCCUGCUAGACAUCUGAAUAUAGACAGUAGAUAGGAUCUACAAAGUACAGUAUGUGGUAUAGGAAUUUGGUGUGGGGAUCAAGCCAAGGUGAAUGUAUACACACACAGAUGUCAGACCCAGUUGUCAAGAAUGAAGCCCAACAGAAAAGAAGCCAAAAAGAAAUCGAUCAAUAAAUCGAUAAUAAUAACCACAAAUUAGAGCAAUACAUGUGUUGCUCUGAAGCACUUUAAAAAUGAGCAAAUUUGCUUUUGUCAACCUUAAGAUAUCAAUAAGACUAAUUUUUGUUUGGCAGAUUAACCAUUUAUUUUCAAUAUAGGUGUUAACACUUCUAAGGCACAGCUUCAUUAAACAGAAUAAAUUACAAAUCUGAAGAAUCUGGUAUAAACUGACCAGAACCUACCACUUCUAAGUCUACUAAUAGGCUAAUUAUUAACAUGUUUAUAUGUGCUGUUCUAGCAAUGUUCACUUUCCAAGAUGAAUACCUUAAAAAAAAAAGAAAAUAACACAGGUGUUUUCCACUCUUUCCUCGUAAUAGCUUAAAGGGACGUUGUAAUACAAUAAUUGCAGCAUUGUGUAAUUUCUGCUCCUGACCAUCCAUAUUCUGCUCCAACUGAGUUUGACUUUACCUUUGCAGGGGGAUCAAACACAUAAUAAGCUAGUGUCAGUAAUGCAAAAAUCACAUGCACAAUAAUAAAGUGUUUUAGAAUGUCCCUUUAAAUAUGUUUUUUUCCUCUCUGUUACUGCAUAUCUUUAGAUUUGUUAAAGGGUAGGGUUUAACAAAAGAAACUAAAUACCUUACAGAAUGGCAAAAAAAACAAUGAUUGUCAGUUACAAUGGUUUAUAUAUUUUAGUAACAGUGGAAAUGUAUCUCAAAAGAACACAGACUGAAGGAUUCCAACAUCUGUUUGUUUGACACUUCAAAUCAUGUCUGUGUCCUUGUAAGAGAACUAGAAUUGUUUGACUGAGAUGUGUCUUACUUUGCCAAAAUUGGCAGUUGGAUUUAAUAUUGAUCUUUAUUGGCAUCUCAGCCACCAAUGAAAUGGGUUCAUCAUGUAUUUCUUUAAGUUCAUUGGACAAUGUAUAGUCAAGUGUACGGUGUAUAAGAGGAAUCUAAGAGUCGGUGAGAUGUAAUAUGGUACUGUCACUGCACAUUAUUAUUCCAGAUAAUAAAAAAAUCUAGAGACGAAACUUCAUAUGCAAUGAAUUUCAUUCUGCAAACUAAAACUGUUUUGAUUUGAAGGACUUAUCUGAAUUAUUUUAUUGUAUCAUUUUUAAACAAAAAAAUAUUAAAACAGAAUUAUGAUUUUAUGCAAAGAAACAAAACAAAAAAGAUUUUUAAAGUCUUUAACACUACAUCAUAAAACUAUUACUACAACUGAACUAUACACUCCUAUAACUAUUUCAGUAAGGAAAUAGUUAAGUGCUAGGCUGCUUAAAUUUUUUUCCCUAAAUGUUAUGCACAAAACUCUUGGCUUCUCUACAACAGAUGUAAAAUAAAAUCUAAAAUGUUGACAAAAUUAACCAGACUAAUAAUUAUUUUGUUAGAUUUAUCUCAUUUGAAUAAAAAAAAACAUUUUUUAUUAUAUUAUAAUUGUAAUUUUAUGGUUUCCUGGCAAAAAUACAAUUAUUGUAAAUAAAAUUGUAAAACAUUUA